AUGGUUGUCAUCUACGGAUUGCAUUGUUUCAACUCCUGGGCCGCGCAAGCCGCCCAGGGCAGAAUAAAGAAACAGUUACGUGAUACCUGGGGCCUAUUGUACUACAGGCAGGAAGCAGAGAUCGCAGGAAGACUGAAACCGGACGCGAGGAGCUCUUUGUUCGAUAUUCUGGACCCGGAGGUUAAUGCUUUGUUGCGCCACAUUCUCCAAGCACCGGCUGAGACUUUCGACCUCGUUGCUAGUGAAGCCGACGUCCUUGUCUCUAUGGGCUCGCUUGUGGAAACAUACAAGGCUCUUUACGAAGUCAUGGACAUCAUGCCCCACGACCUGUGGCUACAAUCUCAGACGAUUAGCGAAGACAUCUUUACUCGCGUCACAGAGGAGGAAACGGUAGUUGUACGUGAGGACGACGAGGCAACAAUGGGGACACAGAUGGAGACGACGCGUGAUGCGUCGAGGGCGAUGGAGGUUACCUAUUUAGCUGCAAUAGUGUAA